AUGACAACAAUCAUUUUUGAUGGACGACGGAUGUUAAUUAAAAAGGAGUGAUGGAUUUUAUUUGAUAAAAUAUCAAUUUAUUGUGUUUCCAUUUAUUGUGAAAGAAUUUUGAAAUAUUCAGUAUAUCCAUUACGAUCUCUACUGCAGAUAUUGAUGAAAGUCUCUUCAUUUAUGAUAGAAAUGAAUUUUACGUCUGAAACUGCGGUAAGGCGCUUAAUGUAAAUCAUGGAGUUUGCAUGCAACACAACAACAUGGCAUUGACAAACGAGUAACGAUUGAAAGAGGUCACUGUUCGUUUCAAAGCAUGUUUCGAUGUUUGUCUUAGCUGUGUGAAUUUUGUGUUUGCCUAUAAUGGCAAAGAGGAGGAAGCCAACAACUAAAGUCCCUUCGCGGCGGUCCGCUCGGCGCGGAAAACAAGGCGAGGGAGCUAACGCCAACGAGGGCGAAUCCUCCGCUUCUGCCGAACCAAUCCCUGACACAUCUGCCGAAAACAAGGAGCCCCCGGAAACUGAGAGUGAGGGAAAUCACCCUACAGGUCAAACUAUUCCUGAUAUAAACACAUUGCAAACCGCUCAACUAAAUCUAGUGCCAGUUGUGGCUCUGCAUAAAAAGUUUGGUAAGUAUAGAUGUUUGUUGAGUAACGAGAAUCUUAAAAAAUAUGAAGGUAGUGACAGUGAAACUAGCAGUAGUGUAGAAAUAAGAACAACAGAUCCAAAUUGUGGUUCAGAGUCAGACUCUAAUGCGAUGGAUAAUCAUUCUGAUACCAACAGUGGUGCUUGUCCUAGUCCACUAAGCCUGCAAGGAAACUCGAGAGAGAUGUCACCUGUUCCUUCUCAAAAAGAAUCUGUUAUGUCUCUGUUACAAAAAGAGUUGCAAAGUGUAAGUAAUGAUAUAAAAGACAUAAUAUAUAAGGCAGAAACAACCCAGGAUAAUUCCAGUAUAGAGCAACCUUUAAAACAAAUUGAAACAGAUAUUAAAAUGGCAAAUGAAGUUGGAUAUGAGAUACAAAAUCUUGUAGAACCCAUUAAAGAAUCAAAUGUACCUGAUCUGUUGAAUGAAGAGCGUGAGUUAACAGUUGAAGAGCAUUUGGAAUACAAGUAUAAUGAUGAUGAUGAAGUGAUAACCAUAGUUCAAAUAGUUGAAGAUGACAACCAGGAGCUGUAUUAUAACAUCAACAUUGAAAGCCCCACUCAGCUGUCACAACAAGAUGAGACAAUUGCAAAAGUGGAGGAGUGUAAAGAUGUAGAUUUUCAAAAGGAUUUUGCUAAGCUUAAUCUGCAAAUUGAAUCAAAUCCAAAUUCUCCCAUGGACUGUUUAGACUUUAUAGAUCUUAGAACACCACCUUGUAACACUCCAGAUCCACAAAGUUCCAGUGAAAUAUUGAUAAGGCCAGACCCAAGUCUAACACCGAGCUCUACUUUAUCCGAUGACAGUAAUUCCUCCAGAGUGACUGAACAGAAUCAAAAUAAUUCCAAUGAUUCGGCGGAGUCCUCCCCAACUGGAGUACGUAGGUCAAAUAGGAUUAAAACCAUAAGUACAAUGAAGCAGAAGACAAAAGGCUUUGGUUUAGUAAAAACUCCUUUGAAGAAAGCAUUGAUUACACAGACUAAGUUGAAGUUAGAGGAACUGGGAUCUGAUAGCCAAGAAAAGUCCUGUGAUGGACUACAGGGUAAUACACAUACACUACAUUUCCCAAUUCCUACAGAAAUGCCUGUUAAAGUCAAAUCUCGAUGGCGGAGAUCUAGCGAGUUGGAAAUGGGGGCAAACUCUCCUCUUAACUCUCCCUUAGCCAGUCCCAGCUUACCGUCAAAGCUACCAACAUUAGAAGAAGAAAAUAAAUUGCUAGAAGAUGAGAAAUCUAUCACACCACUCAGUAAAGAGGCUUAUGAUAAGAUAAUUGAAGAAAGAAUGAGCCAGUAUGAACAUUUGGAAGAGAAUGAGUAUUUGUGUGAUCGUAUGAUAAGCAAGGAGACUAAGAAAAUGAUUUGUGACUGCUUCUUGACAAGAGAUGAGGCAGAGAGAGGGGAACUAGCUUGCGGAGAAGAUUGUUUGAAUAGACUGCUGAUGAUUGAAUGUAAUUCAAGAUGCCCUGUGGGAGACAGAUGUACAAACAGAAAGUUCCAGAAAAGGGAGAAUGGGCCGUUGAGAGUGUUCUACGCUGACAAGAAAGGGUGCGGUGUAGAAGCAAGUGCAGAUAUCCCACCAGGCGAAUUCCUAAUGGAAUACGUAGGCGAGGUGUUAGAUUACGAGCAAUUCUACAAACGCGCGCAGGCUUACUCUGAUGAGAACAACUUACAUCACUAUUUCAUGUCGCUAAAAGGCGAUACAGUUAUCGAUGCAACUGUUAAAGGGAACAUAUCGAGGUUCAUUAACCAUUCCUGUGAGCCUAACGCUGAGACCCAGAAGUGGACGGUGAAUGGAGAACUAAGAAUUGGCUUCUUCAGUAAAAGGGAUAUUGCUGUUGGUGAGGAGAUCACGUUUGAUUAUCAGUUUCAGCGGUUUGGUAAGGUGGCCCAACGUUGCUACUGCGGCGCGGAGAACUGCCGCGGUUGGAUCGGUGCAGAGCCUGACUCCGAUGACGAGUAUGAUGAGGAGGAGGAAGAAGAUGUAUCGACAUCCAAGUCUGGAACGACCGAGUCUUCGGAGGAGGCAGGGGAACUGGUGGGCGGAGUUGAGACAGACAGAGUACGAGUGCGCAAGCCGAAGCGAGAGAGGAAAUACAAGCCUAAGUCACCUGAUCUAGUGCAAGAUGCUGAUAUCGAGGAUGACCUAGAAGCCCUGAGCCGAACAGGAGUAAAGAACCAGGCGCACACCUUACGACUGUCGCGUACGGUCGUGCGCGCUAAGACGCGACGCGCGCAGACCGCGCUGCUGCGACUGUUGCGCGACGCUGACCUGCCGUGCCGGCGACUGUUCCUCGACUAUCGCGGCUUGCGACUUUUGGCGCCUUGGUGUGCUGAUGCUCCCCUUGCUUUCAGACUAGAAAUGUUGCUGACUGUGGACCGUCUACCGAUUCCCAACAAGACGAUGGUGCAGGAGAGCCGCUUCUUCACAGUGGUGGAGCGCUGGCUCAGCGCCAACGACUUGCCUGCGCCCAGCUCUGUGUUCAUUGAUGAGGCUACAGGUUUGCCAAUAGAAAUUCCUAACAGGACUCCACAAGAUGAGGCCGCGUCGUUAGAAAAGACCAAAGAAGCUUCCGCAACAUUGGAAAAAGUCAAGGAUCUGUGCAAUCAGCUACUUGAGAGAUGGGCGAGCUUAAAGGAAGUUUUCAAAAUUCCAAAGAAAGAGCGCAUCCAGCAAAUGAAGGAACACGAACGUCAAGCCAACGUAGAAAGACGCGCAGCUGACUCCAGUGGCACAAGAGAUCGCGAUAGAGAUAGAGAAAGAGAUAGGAGAGAUGAGCGGGAGAGGGAGAGAAGAGAUGAGCGAGAGCAUCGAGAUAGGGAGAGAGAAAGGGAGCGGGAAAGGGAAAGGGAACGCGAGAGAGAAAGAGAGAGGUAUAGGGAAAGGGAACGGGAAAGAGAAAGGGAAAGGGAAAAAGAUGAUAGAGAUAGAAGAAAACGGAGAGGUAGUCCUGAAGCUAGGAGGAGUAUUAGACUGAACGAGCGUGUAUUAGCAGCAGUGCCGCCGAUGAGCAAAGAAGAAAGACGAAGGGCAUUUGCGGAGGCGGCCGCGGCGGCGGACGAGAGUCGACGCCAGAGGGAGCGCGACGCGAGCCAGCCGCCCUGGCCGUCGCACUACCCGCAUUGGCCGCCCGAGGCCUUCGCGCAGAUGUUUCCCCAAGGCAUGAUGGGCGGCAAUCCGAACCUGAUGAACGGACCACCCAACAUGCUGGGUGGUCCUCCAAACAUGCUGGGUGGACCUCCAAACAUUAUGGGCAAUCCACCAAACAUGAUGGGCAACCCACCCAAUUUGAUGGGCAAUCCUCCUAACCUGUUGGGCGGUCCGAACAUGGUGCCCAUGGUACCCCCCGGAGUGGUGCUGCCUCCGGAUUUGCCUCCAGAAUGGAUAGGGCCGAAUGGAGAAUUCCAAGGUCCUCCUGGAUUCUGCCAACCUUUCCCUGGACAGCAACCUUUCUGCAUGGCACAGCCUAACAUAAUGGGCAUCAGCGGGUUCGGCAUGGGCGGGUUCAUGUUCGGGCAGCAGCUGCCGUUCCCGCUGCCGCAGCAGCCGCCCGCGCUGUCGCACGCGCCGCACAUGUCUCUGCCCACUGCACAGGUGGAAAUGCCAGAAGACGGCAAGGAGCCAGUAUUGCCAUCAAUGUGGCGCAGUACAGUGGACGAGCGAGGCCGCCGCUACUACUACCACGUGAAGCUGCGACAACCGCAGUGGCAUCCCCCCGCGCCGCCGCCCGCCUCACCGGCAGAGGAAAGCUCAUCAGAAGAGGAGAGUGAAUCGGUGGCCGCGCUCGAGUCGUCAGUUAUGAGCCGACCCAUGAAAGGCAAAGUAGUUGAAGGAGUCAAUGGAAUUUAUGAAGUAAUAAAAGAAGAUUCCCUCAACGGCUUGAUACCUGAUCAUGCGUUGGUCAGCAUCAAACCACGAAAACGAAGACCGGGUCUCGUCUCCGAAAGACCAAUCAGUCCUCGAACCGAAGAAGACAAGCUAGCGGGUAGGAUGGAAGUGAAACGGUACAAGCAAACCAAAGAAAAGCUGAGACGUCGUCGCGAGAAGUUGCUGCAGAAAGUGCGAUUGCUGUCCGCGGCCAAACGACGCGGCAAGGAAAUCUCACACAAGGAACUAAAGUUCGUCGAACUCGACGAAACGGACAGUGACUCGGAUACGGAUUCCGACGAACCCGUGGUGGUGAUCGAGAAAGUGAUACCGGUACCAAUACCACCGGCCUCCCCCCCACCGUCUCCGCCUCCACCUGCUUCCCCUCCACCGCCUGACUCACCCCCUCCGGAGCCGUCGCCGCUCCCCGCGCCGCCCCGAACACACUCGGAGAAGCCCGAGCGCCGCAUCAAGGAACAGUUCCGCAGCAGCAUGGCGCGCGUCAUGGUGCAGCAUCUCAACCCCUACCGCCACUCCGAUGCGCCGGCCGGCAGGAUCACGUGCACUGCGGACUUCAAGCAUCUCGCGAGGAAGCUCACCCACUUCGUAAUGCUGAAAGAGUUGAAGCACUGUCGCUCAGUGGAAGAACUGAUCGUGACCGACUCAGUCCGGUCCAAGGCCAAGACAUUUGUCAAGAAGUACAUGGCCAAGUUUGGGCCUGUGUACAAGAGGCCGGCGGAAGACGCCGACUAGCAUCAAGUUGCCCAGCUCAAGGCUGCGAUAGAGAACAUUUGCUUUUAAGCCAAUGUUUGACAUUGGCUGUGGACUUUUAGCCAGUGUUGGCUCUCAAAUGUACAUGAGUAUAAGUGAAGCGCAUAGUGAAUGCUGUGGUUAUAAACUAUUCAUAUUUCUAUGAUGAAGGGAUGAAACAGUUUGGAACAAACAAUGUCAAUUUUAUUUGUAACUCAAUGAAUGUGGUUUGGUGAUACAGUGAAUAAAAAUAAUGUGAAGGAUAAUGUUUCAAGUUGUGACAGUAUUGACAGAACAAGGCAUCAGAAUCGACAUUGUCAAUAUAAUAAUAACCACAAUCUUUUUGGGUUUACCGGCACUCUCCCAAUAUUACAUACAUCCCUAUAUCAAAACUGAUAAGAGAAACUAAUAAAGCAGAUUUUUUAUAAUCUACGAAAGUGUUAAAAGAUUUAUAAGGAUAAUUGUGUUUUGAAUGACAUAAAGUAUAAAUAAUAAUCGAGUCAGGGAUCAGAAAAUUGGGUUAUCUCAAAAGGCAAGGUUUUUGAGUUGAAACAGUUUUGAUCUAGGGGUGCAACAUGGGAUCAAACCUUUAAAUACUGAUAUGGUGACUUAGCCAUCUAUCUGGAAGUGCGAUAUAAAAAUAAUUUGAGAUCAACUCAUCAGUCUGCAUGUACAUUAUCAGAAAAAUAAUGUUCCUAUGCAUCUUAGUUAAACUAUGAACUGUUUGAUCAUCAUGACAUGCAGUCUUUUAUGAAAUAUACAGUGUAUUUCCUCCAAAGCAGAGUGGACACAAUAUUUUUAGUAGACUAAUUAAAUCAUAUUAUAUGAUUAAAUUACCUAGUUACUCAAAGCAUACAUGUCUACACUUUGUUCAUGUGCUUGAAUGAUGUGAAUCUUUAACUGAAAUUGGUUUGUACCAGUUACUAGUCAAUAUUUUUGCAGUGUGUGAGUGGUGUAUAAAAAAAUUAAUGAAGGCAAGAAUGAAUUUGAAAUUUUGACAGAUUGUCAAUACCCAAAAUGACAAAAGUUAAAUUUGUUUCUCAGUUCAAAACUUGGUGAAUGAAAAAUCUGCCCUAAAUCUAAUAUUCUUUUCAACUUGGGAAGUCCUUACAUUAUUUAAAGUGGGUUUUAUUUUUGGCAUUAUGGUAUUUUCAAUUUAUGCACUAUCAUGUGAACAAUGAUACAUACAUUGUAAAAAAGUUGGAUACAUUUUUGGUAAUAUGUAAUUUUUUUGCUGCAACAUUAUUAUUAAAAAUUCGGUAAAACUAAUAUUUCAAUGUAAGCAUUAAUUCAAAAAGUUUUUAUUCAAUUUUUGGCGUUAGCGCAUAGUUGCGAUUGUGAAUAAGGAAAAAUGACAUUGCAAGAAACAGUGAGUAUUUAACUUUUAUGAGUGUAUUAUAGUAGUGAUGCUUCAUGUGGACAAAAAGGCAUUGCCUAGUGCCUACCCUAAAAUAAAAAGUUAAAACAUCAUGCUGCAUAAAUAAAAUACAAUUAGCACUUAGAAACCAGUCUCUUUUCCCCGUACUUUGUUCGGUGGUAUAACAUUUUUUUUUUUCAUAUAUUUUAGCAAUAUUCUUCAUUGAUGUGUAAAAAAGUAAUGCAGAUCGGAUUCAUUAUAAAUUUGUUAUUCAGUUAUGUAUGAAAUUCCAAUACAUGAUUGUUCAGCGUUUUUUUUUUAAAUUUGUAUAUAAGGACUCGUUACACUGAUUAUAUUGUCUUACCCUUAGACCUUAGAAUAAGUCCCUUGAUAGGAUAAGUUUAUUUUUAUACAUUCUUAACAUAAGUUUACUUGUAUUUGAAAUAAAAGUAUGUUUUACUUUUCUAAAGAGUAUAAGCUAUAUUAUGAUUUUGUAAAUAUAAUAGUCAAUAAUUAAGAUAGAGAUUUAGAAGAAUGUAGUAAGGAACUCCUCAUUUAGUUAAAAGCUUGAAAAGUAAUUUAGAAUAAGGUCACUGUUACUAAAGACUCGUGCAUACUAUAGAGUUUGCAGCAUCGCAACUAAAAAAAACUCCUUUGAUUUGUAAAGAACCUUCAGAGAAUUAAGUGAAAAGAAAAUUAAAUCAUCUGGAUCUAAGUUUUUCUUUUUUUUUACUUUGAUAUUUCUUAUUUUACUAAGCAUUUUAUGAUAAAUUUUAACUUGCAUUUUAAAAUAAUAAUGACUUUGGAACUGAUAAACUUACUAACAAUCACAAUGCUCUUGAUUAAUUCAUAACCUUCAUUGUUUAACCUAGUCAGAAAAAAUAUAUUAAAGGGGUUUUGUACUGUGUGUAUUGCACCACCUUUAGUGACCAUUCAAUUGUUCACUAAUGCAAUUAAGCUAUUUAUUGAUGAUCUCUAAAUGGGUUAAGAGAUUAUUUUUUAAUGAAUGACUCGAAUACGAAUAUUGUAAUGACUUAAGUACAGUAUUAUAUUAUUAUAGAAGAUAACUGUUUCAAUGUCUUACACCUUUAUGACACUGGCGUAUUCGCAUAAGGCAUGCCAUCUAAAGGCGUUGAUGUUUCGCCACCAAAUGCAAAAUGCGUCAGUGUGCUAACAGCGUUAAUAUAGUUUAGAAAUAAAUAAACGUUCAAUAUUUUUUUUAACUUGGUCUUUUCAGAGGCAGUAGCUCUAGAUCUAUGAAUGUCAAGUGUGUCCGUACUCUGGAAUAACAUAACUGUUUAAUGAAUAAUGAAAUGAUAUAUUAUGUAUAACACUCAGCAACUUUACCGCGCUUGUUACUUUUCAUUAAUUUGUAAUUUUAAUGAAAUUAUUAAUUUAUAGCACCUCGUGACCUAAACUCACACUUAGUAAUGCUUAGCCGUGACUUAAGUAGUCAAUGUUUACACCGUGCAUUAUAAUGCAUUAAUUUUGAAAACUCACUCACCAUAUUAGCUCAAUGUGUCAACUGUCAUGUCAAAAGUACGGUUCACUCUUUGGAACGAUGAAAUACAUUAAUUAUUCCGAGGUUUUUACCCUUAGAUUGAGGACGAUGACAGUUGACACAUACAACAAAAAUGGCGGCUGCGUUCUCAAAAUGUAUGCAUUACAAUUAAGUCAUGGAUAAGCGUUAAGAGGCUAUAGGUCACACGUGCAAUUAAAUAAUGUACGAUACUGUGACUUGAACAAGUUUAUGUUUAUUAUUGCACGCGCGGCGGAUAAUGCUGUAGUCAUUCUUAAGCGGAAUUCACAUUGCGAAGUUAGUGGCACGACAUUAGUUUCACGACAUUAAUUUCAUUAUCAAUUGCACGUGCAAUCGAUAAUGAAGUUAAAGCCGUGAAACUAAUUUCGUGCCACUAAUUUCAUCAUGUAAGGCGAACGGGCAACGAGCUUAUUGAAAAUUGGAAGGUCGAUACAGUCCGAAUCCCACCAGUUGCACCAAUGUCGUGCAGAUGACGCCAAACUCCAUGAAUGCUCUGAGGUGACGAAGAGUAGCAACGCAGCACAGUUCACGACAAGUAACAAAAGCUCUAAGCUUCACCUACUUUAUUUUCAAACUUCGCGCGCGCAUUGCUGAUAUGCUAAAGAGAGUGCGAGCGAGAACACUCGCAUUGCUUUCAUGUUGGAAAAAGGAACAUCUACUUCAUUAAAAAUAUAGCAACCGAAUAAGCGCGAAAAUUCACUUUCCGUGAAACAUCAGUGCUAUUGAUCAUGAUCAUAAUUCCUAGUAAAAUUAAUGGAACUUAAUGAUUGUAAAUCACCUUUAAAAUCACUAUGAACAAAAACAAAUUCAUGAAAUGAAAGUUAUUUCAAAGUAGUAGCAAGAAUGAGCAUCUCAUAGUGUUUAUUGUAUCGUUGCAAAUAAGAACGGCAGAGAGUUCUAGAAGUUUGGCGCCCUAUAAUUAUAGCAACUCCUAACAUAAGUUUUAAGUUUAGCAUUAUGUGUGAACAAUGUUCUCUAAAAGUUUUUAUUCUUUCGUGGCGUAAGCUGUUUGUUUGCUUUGGAGUGUGUAAAUAUUGUAAAUAAUAAUAUGAUGAAAUAAGUAUGUUACGUUAAGUUAUAGCUGUAUGUUUACCCUGUAUGUUUCACAUGAAUAGAGUGGCUAUGUCAGUUGCGUCUAGCAUCGUUGUGAGGAUGAGAUGACAAGUUUAGGUCGAUAUUAUGAUAUAACAGAUGUUUUAAGAUGUGUGGCAAAAUAUUAAGUAUGUGAUCAAUGCCGUGAGAACAAGUAAAAAUUUAUUUCUUUUAAUA